CACAUCAGUUCACUCAUUGACUUCCAAAGUUAUCAAGCGUAUUGGCAAGUAACUGAUAAAGCUUAUCAAAUAUAAGUACAUAAGAAUAAACUGAAGGUGAACAAUAUACAAUUGAUAGUGGUUUAUUUACACCUGAAACAAGCUUCUAGACAGAAUAUUCUGACAUUAACAUGUCCACUGUUUAGUUUCUAUAAAGAUGAUGCCGAGUUCGUACUUUCUUGUACCAUUGUACCUGUGUUAUAUGGUGGUACCUUCUGUGGCCCCAGACUGUGGUUGCAACAAGCUGAAACGCGCUCGCGAAGGUGAAGUUCCUCCCACAGAGAAGAUAGUAUUUCCCGAUCGUGCUGGGAGGGAGAAAAAAAUAGGUGAUAAUGUUCUGGAGUUGGUGCAACACUCACAGAAAUUCGCCCAAAUGAGCCUUAUACCUGGUGGAACCUAUCUCGUUGGAACGAACGAACCAAUGUUUCCUGCGGACAGAGAGGGACCCGAAAAGGAAGUUACGAUAGCGAAUUUUUAUCUAGAUCAGUACGAAGUCUCCAAUCGCCGGUUCCAGAAAUUUGUCGAUAAAACUAAGUACGUAACUGAAGCUGAGCGAUUCGGAGAUAGUUUUGUGUUUCAGCAAUUUCUGAGUGCUGAAAAAAGAGAGAAAUAUACGGAUUUCCGGGUUGCUAGUGCCCCUUGGUGGUACAAAAUAGAAGGGGCUAGUUGGCGUCAUCCCGAAGGUGACACAACGAAAGGUAUUGAUGAUCGAUUUGACCACCCCGUUGUACACGUUUCGUGGAACGACGCUGUAGCCUAUUGCGGCUGGCUCGGUAAAAGACUUCCCACUGAAAUAGAAUGGGAAGUCGCAUGUCGCGGAGGACGAAAACAAAAGCUGUUUCCCUGGGGGAAUAAACUGAUGCCAAAAAAUAAUCAUUAUACCAACAUUUGGCAGGGCGACUUCCCCGAUUCCAAUCACGCGGAAGAUGGAUUUGACGGUACAUGUCCGGUGGAUAAGUUUCCACAGAAUGCAUACGAGCUCUAUAAUAUCGUUGGAAAUGUCUGGGAAUGGACGGCAGAUUUGUGGGACGAACGAGAAGAUGUUAAACCACCGAAUCGGGUGAAAAAAGGUGGAUCCUAUUUGUGUCAUCAAUCGUACUGUUACCGAUAUAGAUGUGCUGCGAGAUCGCAAAAUACUGAGGACAGCUCAGCUGGGAAUCUUGGAUUCCGCUGCGCAGCGAAUGUUGAUUGAUAUUCGGCUACGCAACGACUUCUGGAAGCACUUUAACUGUAUUUAUCUGAGAGUAUUGUAAUUACGAUAUUAAUAAAUUAUGCUUGAAAAUCA